CAAGUGGCAACGCGUUAAUCCAUAAUCAUACAGCCCCCACUCCUGUCUUUAUUUAUAUAUCCAAAUAAUAAAUAAUUACUAGCUUAUAAAUUCAUUUCCACUUGUCCAUCAUCUUCUCCAAGCCACAACAACGAUCUUCUUCAAACAUUCCAAAUUCACAUAAAACAAAUUUCAAGAAACCGAUCUCAGAACGAUGGAAGCUACACUGAUCUCUUCGAUCUCACCACUCCGGUUCCAUCCAUUGGUGUUCUCCCCGAAUAAAACGAUGCCGUUUAGGACACAGAAUAAGAAGAUGAUGAGCGUUUCUGCUGCCGCGUCUUCCGGGAAGGACCAUUACUACGGAGGAGGGAGAUUGGUUGACGAGAACAUGAUCGUUUUGAGGAAACGCAUCCACGAGAUGAAGAUGGUUGAGCGAAACUACGAGCCUCCUUCUCACUGGAUGGAUUGGGAGAAGCGUUUCUACAGCAGCUACGACUCUGUGAUCUGCGAUUCCGUUGGUCUUCUCCAGAGCUUCCUCAUGAAUUCUCGCCCCACCGUCGCAAUCGCAACGCUGCUUCUCCUCUUGAUCAGCGUUCCCGUUUCCUCCUCUGUUCUCGCGUUUCGACUUCUUGAUCUCCUUCAUUGGGUUCUUGCCGCCGCAACACCGGGCCACAUGGGCUGAGCUGCUCGGCCCGUUUCAUUCUAUCUUUGGAUAUAUUGGUUUUGUAUAUAUUACACACAUAUUCUUUCAUUAUUUAUCUGAUUUUUACUUUAGCUUAAAAUAUGUUCAAAAUCUCGUUAUUUCUUUAUUCUUUCAUGGGGUCUGUACUUUAUCUUCUAUCAAAGUGACCAAAAACAUUACAUUA